AUGAUGAGAAGUGACGAACGGAGUUUACGAGAUUUGCUGCUUGAAUCAGCAGAUGAUUUGGAACAUGUUCUGAAAAUGAUUGUCGACACACUCAUCAAUAGAGAAAAGAGUGUAAUGCUUAAAAAUGGAGAAAGUGUAACCAACAUUAUUAAGCUUUUCGACUCGAAACAAGAAAUCAUAAAGACGCUUUUGAAAAAAGUUCCCGAAUACCAAGAACGAGAAAAUCUGAUUCGAACGCUGAAAGGACAUGUAGAAAAACGGGAUGCUGUUAUUCAGCAAGUUGAAAACAAUCUUAAAGCUUGCGAAGUGGCGUUGACAAGGUCAUGCUUCCAUGCUAAUCUCAAAUUGAAACAAAUGAGUGAGGCUGCGUUACGUCCAGUCAAUAGUGAAAUUCUCAUCAAAAUGGCUCAUCAAAUCAGUAAGCACAAUUCGGUUUCGGCACCACUGACAUGGCAAAUUGGCGAUCCUUCACGUCCCUUUCCUCAAGAACAUGAAUUCAGAGCUGGACAUCUGCUGAACCAAAAAGUACAAAGUAGCGGUCCUCAACUUUUACCAGGAAAAAAUGUUGCUCAGCGGCCUCUUAUCACGUCUCCGUCUGCAUCGUCUUCUAAUGGUGGUGCAGCUCCCAUUCGGACCGUCGGAACUCCCCUCAUCAACUCGGCUCCAGACGGCGAGUAUAGCCCUCGAACAGGUUAUGGUGCUGAAAAAACACCUCCAAUUCAACAACAAGUACUUCGAGGUGCCACUCCCAACGAAAAACAAUGGCAGAACCCUGGUGCUUCGGGUUCAGCGUCCUCCCAAUCGCCGUAUAACCGUCUCUCACAGAGUCCUUCUUCAUCUCCAAACGUUAAACUGAAGAUCAUCGGCCUUCCGACCCGAGUAGGAGGAAUGGAUCAAGUUCAAGACGUUCGAGAUAUUGAGCAAAUGUCUUCGGAUAGUUCGAAUUCAUCAGAUAGCUCAGAUGACGAAGGGGCAUCGAAAAAGACGGGAGGAAGCAACAAAUCAUAA